CUUCUGAAGUGGUUCAAACGGGACUUCUUCUCCUGGGUGAAUAACCCGCCAUGCAGCGCGUGCAGCAAUGCUGAGACGGUGCCAACCGGCAUGGGGCGUCCCUCCGCCGACGACGCGGCCUCCGGCGCUGGCCGCGUCGAGCUCUACGGCUGCAAGGCGUGCGGAGCAAUCACCAGGCAACCCUUAUUUGCGCGCUACAACGACCCCGGUCGGCUGCUGCAGACGCGCCGCGGCCGCUGCGGAGAGUGGGCCAACGCAUUCGCGCUCUGCUGCCGGGCAAUCGGAUUGGAUGCUCGCUACAUCCUGGACCUGACCGACCACGUCUGGGUGGAAUAUUACUCGGAUGCCAUGCAGCGGUGGAUUCACAUGGAUGCCUGUGAGGCGGCCUAUGACCAGCCCCUGCUGUAUGAGGGCGGAUGGGGCAAGCAGCUGACCUACGUGGUCGCGUUCUCAAAGGCCGGUGUGCGCGACGUAACGCGGCGAUACACGCGCCAAUGGGACGCUCUGCAGACCAGGCGCGCUGAGGUGUCAGAGCCGUGGCUGAUGUCAGCGUGCUACGCGCUGACUGUGCGCCUGCGCACCGAGCUGACGGCCUCUGAUAGGAGCCUGCUGGAGGAAAGGGACGCCGCCGAAGACAGGGAGCUCAGAGACAGCCAGCUUCCGCCGCCUGAAGUGCAGACUCCACUUCCUGGGCGGCAAACCGGUUCGGUGGAAUGGCGAGCGGCUCGCGGCGAGCUGGGC